CUUGUAUAUAUAUGGUACAUGAACAUCCAUGCACACCCACUAGCUAGCAAGAGACAAGACAUUAUUUGUGUAUUAGUCAUGAGGAGCCUCAAGUUCGGCCUGUAUAUCUUCAUAGUUGGCAUGCUUGGCCUUGGGGCAGCCAUUGCUGCAGAGGCCUUUAACUAUGGUGAAGCACUUGAUAAGACCUUUCUUUUUUUUGAGUCACAGAGGUCAGGUAAACUACCUUCUAACCAGCGAGUCAAAUGGCGAGGUGAUUCAGGCCUGAAAGAUGGGUUUCUUCAAGGGGUGAACUUGGUGGGAGGGUACUAUGAUGCAGGGGAUCAUGUGAAGUUUGGGCUGCCGAUGGCAUUUAGUGUGACAAUGCUUGCAUGGGGAGCUAUAGAUUUCAGGAAAGAGAUCACAGCUUUGAACCAAAUGGGACACACUUUGUGGGCUAUUAGAUGGGGUACUGACUACUUCAUCAAGGCUCACACUGAACCUAAUGUUCUCUAUGCUCAGGUUGGAGAUGGUGACUCGGACCACUAUUGCUGGGAGAGAGCAGAAGACAUGACAACUCCACGGAAUGCAUACAAGCUUGAUCAACAGAAUCCUGGCUCUGACCUUGCUGGUGAAACUGUAGCUGCCUUAGCAGCAUCUGCCAUGGCUUUCAAGCCCUACAACUCUUCCUACUCCAAUCUCCUUUUGGUUCAUGCAAAACAGCUCUUCUCAUUCGCUGAUCGAUUCAGAGGUCUCUAUGAUGACUCCAUCAAGAAUGCUAAAGAAUUCUAUACUUCCUCAGGCUACUCGGACGAGUUACUUUGGGCUGCAGCAUGGUUAUAUCGGGCGACUGACGAUGAGUAUUACCUGAAGUAUGCUGUUGACAAUGCUGUGUACAUGGGUGGAACUGGAUGGGCUGUCAAAGAAUUCUCUUGGGACAAUAAGUAUGCUGGUGUACAAAUACUUCUUUCUAAGAUACUGCUAGAAGGACGCGGUGGCACAUACACCUCCACUCUGAAGCAAUACCAUGCCAAAGCAGAUUACUUUGCAUGUGCUUGUCUCAGAAAGAAUGAUGGCUACAACAUCCAGAUGACUCCUGGGGGGUUGAUGUAUGUAAGAGAAUGGAACAAUUUGCAGUACGCCUCUGCUGCUGCAUUUCUUCUUGCUGUCUACUCUGAUUAUCUUUCUUAUGCACAUGCCAAGCUCAGUUGUCCAGAAGGGCUGAUUCAACCUCAGGAGCUCGUCAACUUUGCUCAGUCGCAGGCUGAUUACAUUCUUGGUAAAAACCCCAAGUCAAUGAGCUACAUAGUUGGAUACGGACCACAAUAUCCACUUCACGUGCACCAUAGAGGUUCUUCCAUUGCCUCCAUAUUUGUUCUGCACUCAUCUGUUGAAUGCGUGCAAGGAUUUGAGACAUGGUAUCAUCGUACUGAAGCGAACCCUAAUAUCAUAUAUGGCGCCCUCGUUGGAGGUCCUGAUCAAAAUGAUAAUUUCUCUGAUGACCGUUCCAACUAUGAACAAACUGAACCUACACUUUCUGGUUGUGCUCCUCUUGUUGGUCUCUUUUCCAAGCUUCAAAGUUUGUCCGAGGCAACUGGUUACUACGGUAAAGAAUCAUCAGUUCCUCAUACAACAAAACCAGGCUACUAUCACCAAAAGACACAAGAACCCAACACAGUCACAGAUGUUCCAGUGGAAUUUGUUCAUUCAAUAACCGACACAUGGAGUAUUGGAGAAACAACAUAUUACAGGCACAAAGUGAUCAUUAAGAAUAAAUCGCAGAAGUCAAUUGAAGACCUUAAGCUGGUGAUACAAGAUCUCUCAGGAUCUAUUUGGGGUCUCUCUCCAACCAAAGAACACAACACAUACGAGCUUCCUCAAUGGCACAAAGGACUGAAACCUGGCUCAGAAUGUAGCUUUGUCUACGUUCAAGGUGGCCCACAGGCUAAAGUUAGAGUUCAAAGCUACCACUGAGAAACCCUUUUUGUAACAUAAAUUGCACUCAAGUUUGUCAAAGUAGAAAACGAACCAAACUGCAAUUCUAGGUCAUAUGGAGGGAUAAACUCCUCUUUUUUUUCUCUUUUUUUACCGGAAACAAUUUUAUACUGCAACUGUAUCUUCCUACUCAUCUGAAGACCGAUGAUUUCCCAAAUGAUCACUUCUAUUUUCA